AUGGCUGAUCUCCGGGCUCCAGAACAAGAUCCACUACAUUCUGAGCUCGUCAAGGCACAACUGGAUGUACUACGGGCAGAAAAACGAGACGAAGGACCGUGAGACCAUGCUUUCAACUUGAUCAACCAAACUUUUGGACAUCUAGUUCGAAAAAGGCUUUUGUUCGUUAUAGCUUCAAAUGUUCUCGUUCACCGCCUAGUCGAUUGCAUCUUGCUAAAACAACAAAAAAAUUAUUUUAUUUGAUAGAUUUUAAUGUUUCUUGAUUCUAAUUUGAAUUUUCUCGUACCGUUCCAUCUAUUGAGCUUGUCGAAAAAGCUUCUUGGAGAAAAUGUGACAAGAUAAAGGACAUAGUGAUAUGAAGAUUGACUCUAUUGAAAGGCUUUUUCCUCUCACUAGGGAAUGGGAAUGGUCUCCCUUCGUCGUGGACCUUUUGAGUGAGACUAUUUAUCCUGGUCGCAAGUCUAUUUCAAAAAUAAGGUGGGAAGUUUUAGUUCUCUUAGAUGUUUAUUAAGUUUUUUUAUAUUAUAAUAUAUAUAAUAAAUAUAAUAAAUAUACAUUUUUGAAGUUCAGCUGCAAAGAUACAUAAUAAUGUAUUUGUCUCAUGGAGAUUGAAUUUCUAUUGACUCCACAUGCCUCGAGGAGUUGCAUGCAUGUUUUGAACCCUCCUUUUUCCUUUUUGUUCUUUUUUUUCCGACAAACUGCUUUCGCACUUACGACCUCGAAUCUUCUCUCUUUUGUUGCUCCAUCUGUCACAAAAAUUCUAAAAUUGGUUUCAGGUUCAAUUAGUUCUAGCUAGUCCUCGACCAUUGAUAGGAAAAUAUGUCCUCGAAAAACUCGGCGUUCCUAUAAAAACCAUUAAUCUGAUCACAUGCGAUUCUUUUUCUCCGCUUUUCUGCUCAUCACAGUGGCUUUUGGGUAAGGAUUUCUGGCAAAGCAACGACAAGAUAAUCUUUUGCAGACUCUCGCAGAACGAGCUGAACGAGCUUUCUCGCAAGUUCAAGUACUACCAUGCUGCAGUUCGGCCGACGGCGCCGGAGAACUUUCUUUCCAACCGAAACGGCACCUUCUUCAACAUUCCGCUGCAUCUUCAUCUUCUCAAUACACGAAUCACCAAUGUUUGUUGUUCAUUUUGUUCGAAAAAUCGCAAAUUGAGCUAAUUUAAAAUUUCUAGUUUUUUUUUUGAAGCCGUCUGAGUUUCUGGAAGUCCGAACAGCUGAUUGACUGAAAAAAUUUUUCGUUAAAAAUGGAUUAUUAGAAAGCCUCGUCCCUCUGGAAAUGUGCCACAUCUUCAACGUAGAAAACAAAACAUCGCGUUUCUAGAACAGAAAAAAAAUUAAAUUGAACAACGGUAUUAAAAAGGAUGUGGGAAUAAUGGUUUAAAAUAAUAAUCAACCCGCAGAAGUUCUAAAAAAAAAACGGAUCGUAGGCUGAACCAUCUUUUAAACUUAAAAGCUACUCUAACGUAUAAGUUUGGGAAUGAAGUCGAAAAAAAUUGAAAGAAAAUAAAAAAAAGAGAAAAAUUAUAAAUAGAAUAGAAUAUAGGCAAAGCGGGUAGGUCUUAUGAAGUCAAAAAAGUUUAGAAGUAGAGCAGAAUAUAGUUUUGACGAAGAGAUCGAUUUCGAGUUUUGUUGAAGGUGAAGGUUUUGUCUUGAAUUAUUCGAAUAAGGCGUCCUCUUUUCUUCAUAAGGUUGGUAGAAGAGUCAUUUUUGAGAAGGAAGCAAGUUUUUGUGAAUUAUCUCUUGCGAAUGAUAGUGUUUCAGAGGGAGCUCUGGGUGGACGUUCUGAUGACGGCGACCUGGGUAGAUGAGCGACUGCGACUGCGGGAGCUGUUCGAUCGGAUCCAGCUGCCCUCGAACGACUUCCUUACCUGGAGACCUUCGCUCGUCUUCUCGCUUCCGCUGUCGUCUCAAUACUCCUCGCUGGCGCCGGCCACGGGUCUUCUUUCCAGCUACUUCAGCAUCAAACAAAGCGCUGCCUGUGUCGCUGACGGCUGGAAAUAUCCCUUCGAGCAUUUUGAAUGUUCUUUGACCGUCGACAGUGAGGGAGGUAGUUGUGGCAACAGUAAAAAAAAAGUUUCAAUCUCAGUCAGAGAGGAAUUACGGAUAUAUUAGAAGGACGUUGGAGAAGGGGUUGGCGACCUUUGAAAAGGAUCUGCCGAUGAAUAUUCAAGAUUACAGUUUCGGGAAGGUGUAGCGUAGUUGCUGCGGUUUAUUUUUCUAGUUCGCAAGAUCUCUUUUAGAUCAUUUCGCGCAAAAAGCAAUUUGAAUAUUACUAAAAACUCAAAAAUCUUCCUGAACGUGCUGAAAACUUGUCUUCAGAUGAAAUCCUGACGAUCCCAACUUUCUAUGACAUGCGCUCGCAAGCAGAAAAACUGCUGACGACUGCCUUGCUUCGUGAGAUUGUGGGAUUCGAGUUGAUUGAGUCAAAACCGAUUUCAGAAGACUUUCCGAGGUGCGGAGUCGUCUUCAGGUUCAAGGCUGAGUGGCCUCGGGCGGUCCUAUCGUCGUAUUUACCGUGUAUUCUUCUGGUCUCCUGUGUCUUUUUUGCUCAGUGGAAACGCCGUAAAAUCCAAGUGAGAAUAGUUUUAUUUCGCGUUUUCUCACUUGUUCAGAUUGUCGUUUCUCUGGCAGCCGUCGUCUGCGUACUCAUAAUGGUUCGUUUGCAGACUUUCCUCUACUGUGAAAUAAAGAAGUAAAAAAGUUCACCUCAAACUCGUCUAGUCCUUAUUUUGGUAGCUAAGUGAAACCCAAAAAUCUGAAAAAAAAAAUAGAGCAAAUCAUGAAAAAAGGUUUUCUGAAAGUACCUACCGGAGCACUACUGAGAAGUCAUUUUGCAGUCGUCCGUAUUUGCUGAUUCUCAACCAGAAGCGGCUGUUUGCAGAUGUGUGUGCAGCGUCCUUACACGGUGGCGACGUUGAUGGACCUGUGGCUGAGCGUCAGUUUCAUUCACUGCGUCUUCCUCGUCCUCGUCGACGUGACGCUCCCGGCGCGCCGGGUCCGCUACACCCUCAUGGUGCACGUCGACUCGAGUAAUCAGCGCGCUACUCCCGUCCAGAUCAUGACUAAAAGUUGGUGAAGACAGCUAUUCAACUUGGCAAAAGAUAUUCAAUAAUAUUGUAGGUGCUUCUUUACGAAAAUUUUGUUUUGUUGAGAUGAGACCGAGGUAGCGACGCCGUUUCGAGUUAUCACACGAGUAUUCGACAAACUGAUUCGGCAAGGCUCUCCCAGACCUUCCACGACAAUUGUCACAGCAAGUCCAGGCCCGGUGGGUACUUCCUUUCGAGAAUAGCGUAUUCGGAUGGGAUUCGACCGAAGACUUUGCAGAGUCCCAUCCAAAGACAGCUGACGACGGCGAUGCUCGGUUGUCGGAAGAGAGUCGCGCUUCUCCUCGUCGCCACGUCCUACGUCGUUUUCUGUCUGACCUACGUCGCAAUAGUUCUAUCCAUCGACUGA